AUGGCAAUUCUAACUGGCGAUGCCGGCGAAGCGUCUGAGGAUGUACCAAUUCCAAUGUCCGAUGGAAAAAGUCACGAAUUCUAUGUCAGAGGACGCCAUCGCUGCCACCGUAUGCGUGCUACUCAAGGCGUUGUUCUACAGUUAGCCUUAAGCACGUAUACACCAGGCUUACUGCGCAAGCCCCUAAAGUCUGGAUUCUCAUUUGGCAUGGCAACCUUACUUGACGCUGCAGAUUCCCUUAUCGUGGUCAAGCCUUUACUUCAUGAGCCACAUCUAUAA